AUGGCAGAGUCCGGAAAGCUUCCCAACUUGGCAUCAGAUGCCGUUUUAAAGCAAUCAGCACCAGUGCCUGACUCGUUUGAAGAAGUUAGCGGCAUCGAUUAUUCCAAAGACAAUGCAUACAAUAUGCAUGCUAAAGACUUGAUCUCAUCAAUGUCAAAAAUGGGAUUUCAAGCCAGUUCUUUAUCACAAGCGUGUAAAAUAAUCGAUGAGAUGAGAACUUGGAGAGGUAAACACAAGUCUGAACUUGAAGAGCAUAAACAAGGUGGAGAAUUUGAUGACGAUGGAUUUCAAAAGACAACGAUAUUUAUGGGGUAUACGUCGAAUUUGAUUUCAAGUGGCUUGAGAGAUACAUUGCGUUAUUUGGUUCAACAUAAAAUGGUUAGUGCAAUUGUUGCCACUGCUGGUGGUGUUGAAGAAGAUUUGAUAAAGUGUUUGGCACCUACAUACAUGGGAGAUUAUACAUUACCAGGCAAAGGAUUACGAGACCAGGGAAUGAAUAGAAUCGGUAACUUGCUAGUGCCUAAUGAUAACUAUUGCAAGUUUGAGGAAUGGAUAGUGCCUAUACUUGACCAGAUUUUACAUGAACAACAAGAAGAGUUGGCCAAGGAAGGUACAAAUGCAUUUGAUGCCGACUCGAAGGCCAACUGGACCCCUUCAAGACUCAUUGAUAGACUAGGCAAGGAAAUCAAUGAUGAAAGUUCAGUACUCUACUGGGCUCACAAGAACCAGAUCCCCAUUUUUUGCCCAGCUCUAACUGAUGGAUCCAUUGGUGAUAUGUUGUUUUUCCACACAUUCAAAGCUUCGCCACAACAAUUGCGUUUAGAUAUUGUUGCUGAUAUUAGAAAAAUCAAUUCAAUGUCAAUGGAGGCAUCAAAAGCGGGCAUGCUCAUAUUAGGAGGAGGCUUGAUUAAGCAUCAUAUCUGCAAUGCAUGUUUAAUGAGAAACGGUGCUGAUUACGCAGUCUACAUCAAUACAGGUCAGGAGUUUGACGGGUCCGAUGCCGGAGCAAGGCCUGAUGAAGCUAUUAGCUGGGGUAAGAUCAAAGCUGAUGCAAAGUCAGUCAAAGUAUAUGCUGACGUGAGUUUAGUUCUUCCAUUGAUUGUUGCCGCCACAUUUGCUAGUGAAAAACCAAAAAUGGUUGCAUAA